GUGAGUUAUCUUGUCAGUGAGUGAAGUGGAUAGGAGCGUUAGUAUAGGUUAUUGAAACGGUAGUAUGUUGUAGUAAAUUAAUUAAUUUGCCUUCACUGUAUAUUUACAGUCCUUUUAUCUUGGGUAUAGAGUGUAUAUUUAUGUGAAUUGAUCAGUUUUUUUACAUACAUGGGUACUCCAGUGAAGGAUGUUGUCAUUAAAUCUGAUGCACCAAAAACUUUGUUACUGGAAAAACAUGCCGAUUACAUAGCAUCAUAUGGUUCCAAGAAGGAUGACUACGAGUACUGCAUGUCAGAAUACUUGCGGAUGAGUGGUGUGUACUGGGGCCUCACUGUCAUGGACCUUAUGGGGCAACUUCAUCGUAUGAACAAGGAUGAAAUUCUGGAGUUUGUUAAACCCUGUCAGCAUGAAUGUGGUGGAAUUAGUGCUAGCAUUGGUCAUGAUCCUCACCUUUUAUACACCUUAAGUGCUGUGCAGAUCCUAACUCUGUAUAACAGUCUACAUGUUAUUGAUGUAGAUAAAGUUGUUGAAUAUGUAAAAAGCUUGCAACAGCCAGAUGGUUCAUUUGCUGGAGACCAGUGGGGUGAAAUUGAUACAAGGUUCUCCUUCUGUGCUGUAGCAACACUUGCUCUUCUGGGUAGAUUAGAUGCUGUUGAUAUUGACAAAGCUGUUGAAUUUGUGCUUUCCUGUAUGAACUUUGAUGGUGGAUUCGGUUGUAGACCUGGCUCUGAAUCUCAUGCUGGACAGAUCUAUUGCUGUACAGGAUUCCUCGCCAUAACAGGACAAUUACAUCAAGUCAAUGCUGAUUUGCUGGGCUGGUGGCUUUGUGAACGUCAGUUGCCAUCAGGAGGUCUUAAUGGACGACCAGAGAAGUUACCUGAUGUAUGUUAUUCUUGGUGGGUACUAGCGUCCUUGAAAAUAAUUGGAAGGUUGCACUGGAUUGACCGAGAAAAACUAGAACAUUUUAUCUUGGCCUGUCAGGAUGAAGAGACAGGAGGAUUUGCUGACAGACCUGGAGAUAUGGUAACUGCCUGCACCUUGUUAUCAUUUAUUUUUAUAUUUACUUUUUUUGAAGAAAGCCUGCCAGUUGAAGAGCAUGAUAAUCCUCAUAGCGACAUAUUGACAUCAAAUUUGGUUCCCCUUCCAAUGGCCUCAUCUGCUAGAUCAGCCAUGGAUUCUCGAUCCAACUCUGGACUUGAUCUCCCAACCGCAAAACUUGAUUCUCCCCAACCUGAACAGCCUGAAGCUCACAGCUUGGCUCCUCCACUUCCGGUGAUUGCCAGGCAGACUGAUCUUUCUUCUCCAGUACGCGACAUUUUUAUUGCAUCUCAAAUCAUUAACAUUAUUCAGAUAAGAAUUAAAGUUUUUAGGUUCAUCACUAGUACAAUGACACGCUAG